AUGGCGGAGUCAGUACCAGCAGAGGGGCCCUGCUUCUCUCCUUCUUUGGUGGGUGAAGGGGCCUCCUCCUUCGCAGCUAAGGACCGCAGCAACCUGCCGCAUUCAGCUUCCUUUGGCGUGCGCAGCGGGAGCCGCACUUCUGCUGUGAACGCAGCAAAGGAGGAGGCGGCGGCGUUGCCAGAGGGCUCUCAGUGGAUAGAGGGUCUCCCAUCUGGCGUGCCUUCUCCCCCCUGGAGCAGGUUGCAUACUGCUACAACACAGCCACCAGCAGCAGCAGCACCAGCACCAGCAGCAGCAGCAGCAGCAGGAGGAUUGCCAGCUGCUGCUCACGGCGGGGUUUUGCUGCCGUCUCGAGAGAUAAGCGGCGCUGGGUGCUGCGUUGGAGGAGGCGAAUCUUCUUCUCAGGUGGAGAUACACCCGAGCAACCUGCAUGCACUGAUCCCGAGCAAAUUCAAAUACAAAUUUCCUAAGGAGCGGCUGCCGCGUCACAGCAGCUAUGAAGUGCUGGCAGUAGAAGACAACCCAUACGCCUCUCCGCUGCCUCCUCCUCCGCCCAAAGUCCCUCACAAAAAAAAAUCUAUAUUCGGCAUAGCUCGGCGCCACCAGCAGCAGCAGCAGCAGCAGCAGCAGCAGUAUCCUUUGCUGAUGCGUCCUCCAGCAGCACCAGCAGCAGCAGCAGCAGCAGCAGAAGCAGCAGGAGAAAGUAAAGAGAAUGCAGGGAAAGGAUGGAUAAGAGAUUUUCGUUGUUUUUUAUGUACAAGUGCAGACUAUGUAAGCGAUGAACAAACUCAACUAGAAAUAGAAAAAGCUCAGCUCGAAGAAGCUCUUAUAGAGUUUCAGAGCGACAACAGAGCACAAGCAAUACAGCUAGAAGAAACAAAAACACAAUAUGAAAAACAAAUACAAAAAAAAAUACAAGACCACCAGCAUGCAUAUAAAUUCAUAGAAGAAACAAAACAAACCCUCAAACAAAUACAACAAGAAAGAGAUCAACUACUAGAACAACAAAAACAGUAA